GCGAGUGACACAGUGGCCUGCCGAACCGAGGGAAGCUCUCCUUUUACAUUCUGGUUGAGACUGCUUAAGUUUCCUAAAUGUUUCUCUUCAGAGAUUUGAGCCACCACAGUGCGCAGCACAGUCUGCCUACCUGGGAAGGAGUGAGAGAGGAGAGAGGGAGAGAGAUACAAGAGGAAAGAGAGACAAUGAAGCCAGUUGGGAGCUGUAGCUCGCCUGACCAAAAUGAGUUGAGGCUGAUGGUUGUGGGCCCGCGCAGGACAGGGAAGAGCUCGUCAGGAAACACCAUCCUGGGUGCGGGGGCGUUCGAGACGUGGGGAGGGGCAGCGAGUGCGGUGCGGCGGGGCGUGGCCCCGGGGGGGAGGAGGGUCGCCGUGGUGGACGUGUUCGGGUGGGGCGACCCGGAGGAGCCCGUUCCCAAAAGGGAGAAGCUGGAGCUGAUGCGGGCGCUGUCCCUGUGCGACCCGGGACCUCACGCCGUGCUCCUGGUCGUCCCGCUGCUGCAGUUCACAGAGCCGGAGAGGGGGGCAAUAGAGAGGCGUCUCGCCCUCCUCACCGAGGGGGUGUGGAGGCACACCAUGGUGCUGUUCACCUUCGGGGACAGGCUGCGGGGGGACACCAUGGAGCAGCACCUCCAGAAAGAGGGGCAGGCACUGAGCUGGCUAACAACCAGAUGUAGAAACCGCUACCACGUACUGAACAACAAGGCCAGUGACGACCAGGCCCAGGUUACGGAGCUGCUGGAGAAGAUCGAGGACAUGGUGGCAGAAAAUGGCCAGUGGCACUUCUCCCUCCACAUGUACCAGAGGCUGGAGGAGGCGUGGCGCAGGAGAGAGGAGAACCUAAGGAGGAGCCUAAACUGGAGUAACAAGAACAGAAGCCUGCCUCACUAAAGUAGCGGUUGUCAUUUACACCAGCUUACUGAUAUCGUUGGAUUUAUUAACAUCAUUCUUGUCCCUCCACUUUCCAGUGAAUAGUAAAAGUCAAACAGCCUGGUUUGAAGGCUAUGGGAACAGAGGGCUGCAGAAGACAAGGCAGCUGUACAUAACAGCAAAUCAGACUAUGCAACUGCAAGACACUACAAAGACAAAGCAGUCAUAUCUGCAACAACCCUGAAGAUCAUAAGU